GGGGCGUCAGGGAACUUCCGGUCCCAGUUGUCCCGGUGCUGCCCGCCCGGGCUCGCGCUGCCCCCGCCCCGCCAUGGAGGCCGGGCAGGGCCCCGGCGGUAGGGAGCUCGGCGACCCGCCUGAGAACACAGUCCCUAAGCACUAUGUGCCAACAGAAGAGGAACGGAGGCUCCUCAAGGAGUGUGCUGAAGAAAGUGCCCGGUACCGAGCUUUUCCUUUGGCUGCAGCAAGCAUGCUAGCUACUAGUUUCUUAAUCAAAAAAGGCAUUCUAAGAGAUAGCUCAAGAUUUGGCUCCUUUACUAAAGUUGCAUUUGCUGGAAUGUGUGGAUACCUGGCUGGAAAGAUAUCCUACUUGCCAAUCUGUAGCGAGAAAUUUAAGAAGCUGAAGGACUCCCCAAUAGGAGAUGUUCUGCGACAGGCUCAGAGACAUAGUUCACAUUCCUAUUCCAGCCGAAAAUCUGAAUUUUCAGAUAUGCCUUUUCAAUCAUUUACUGAAUCUUCUCCAAAAGCUGGAUUCUCACCAUCUUCUGGCUAUUCAGAUGAUUACAGUUCCACAGAUAGAGCCCUCUCUAGUUACGAACCCGUUCCAUUCAGUGCUUCCCUGAAUGAGUCUUCACCUACAGGAAUUACCGAUUAUAAUGUUCAAGAAACUCCUCCAAUUCCAGAAGAAAGUCGUAAAAAAAAAAGCGUCACGUAUGAGGAAUUAAGGAAUAAACACAGAGAGACAUAUGAAGUAAUGUCACCACUGAAGGCAGAAACUCCAGGCAAAUUUCCCCAGGAAAGACCAGUUAAGGAAGUUAAAGUAAAUAAAUAUGGAGAUACCUGGGAUGAAUAAGAACAGAAUGAAGAACUGAAGAAAAUUCUCUUCUGUCAGCUCAAUUGAGUUUCAUCUAUGUUAGUCACGGAUGCUGGUACGUUUGGUGUGCUCUGCCAAUCAAAGGUAUUAAUAAAUUAGGAGAAAAUCUCAACUUGCCAGAAGAUGUAAAAGAAUAUAUUUAGGCUUAACGUCAUUUUUUAUUUUGCGUAAGUGGUGAGCCAGGCUGCUGUGAGGUGUCAUGGUUGUAAACCAUUUGUGCUGUUAUUUAAGAAUGAAGAAGGUAACUAGCAAUAACUCAUAUGAAUGUAUAAGAAAGGGUAAAAUGUAUGUAAAUAAAAGCAAUUGCUUGUAUUGGGAUGGGAAAAAUGUCAAAAUCUUCUGAAAUUUUCAAGAUUUGCAUUAAAAGGUACCUGUAGAAAUAACCUCUCACAUUCUUUUGUUUGAAAAUGAUGUGCUGGAAACAUUUUAUCAUACUUAAUAAUGUUUGGAAUAAUACUGAAUUAUUUGGAGAAAAAAGGCUGAGGAACGUAGCCAAAUACAUGAGUAAGCAUACUGAAUUGGACUUCCCCUUUUCCAAAAGUGUUUCAGGGUGGCAGCAGUGUAUUUGGGCUGUUGUUCUGGCUUGCACGUGUUGCACAUUGAAGUGGAAGGCUAAACCAGACAGAUUGGUAAAAAUGUAAAUGAUAUCUUGACUGUUAGAGUUAAUUCUUGUGCAUUAAAUCUCAUUUUCCUGUUUGUGGGUGUCAUGACAAAAACAACAAAAUGCUAUUGAUCCUGAGCAACGGAGCAGUUCAGUUACCUGUCAGAACUGAGCUACAUCGGCAAAACUACUGAAAAAGUGUUUUCUAAUGUAUGCAUCAUCUGCUCAGUCUCCAUCAAAAUACUGCUAUGUUAUCGUCUGUCCAUUUGGGUUCUCUCAUUUUCAGCUGUGCUGUUUAAUCUCUCAGCACUGUGUUUCUUUGGGCUCUUUGGCAAUAGGUGAGCAAAAGCCACGGUGAAGUUAAUAGUGUCAAGCAUUCCUGGCAUCUUUAUUAGAGAUGAAAAAUAGCCUACUAAAAAGGAAAUUAUUGAAGAUUUCAUUGAUUUGGUGGACUAGCAGCAGAGCAACAUGAAUGACAAGACUGCUUUGGGUAGGUAAGAGCCAUCAGCUGGAAUGAGGGGAAAAAAAUGAGGAAAAGAUGAGAAAAUACUUUCAGAGAGAAAUUCUAUUUAUAAUCAUCAGAACAUGAAGAUUGCUUUCAGAUAGGCUGAUCAUUAUAAAAAACAAUGAAAAGUGUGCUAAUCGGAUAAGCUUUAAGAUGUAUCAAAAAUGUAACUUGCAGAGAAUAUUUCUAGUGGCCAUGAUUAAAACUGAGACUCAAGGAAGCUUGCCAGAAUUACACUGCUGGUUUGUUUUUGCUAUUCGUUGUGCACUGUUCCAAAGCUGGUUAGAUGUAUCUUGGAAAUACAAAAUUUCUGAGUUGUGAGUUAAAAAGUAACAGGGACAGAAGAUUUAGGUGUUAAAACAAGAGCAAGUUAGAAGAAAUGCAUUUUCACUUGAAAGAAUGAAAAUUUUGGAUAAAUGAAAAGCCUCCAAGUGAGAAAACCUAUGAGCAGACUUAUGGCGUUGAGGGGGGGAAAAUGCUGCAACAGUAGAAGAUGCAGCUCUUGAACAAGAAGUCAACAAGAACAAUAAACGUUUGUGGUUUUCUA